CAAAAACUCAGGGGAAAAAAAGAAACGUCCUCUCACUGUCAACUGUGUUUAUUUUCAGCAAACUUAACAUGUGUAAAUACUUGUAUGAACAUAACAAGAUUCAACAACUGAGACACAAACUGAACAAGUUCCACAGACAUGUGACUAAUAGAAAUUGAAUAAUGUGUCCCUGAACAAAGGGGGGUCAAAAUCAAAAGUAACAGUCAGUAUCUGGUGUGGCCACCAGCUGCAUUAAGUCCUGCAGUGCAUCUCCUCCUCAUUGGACUGCACCAGUUUUGCCAGUUCUUGCUGUGAGAUGUUACCCCACUCUUCUACCAAGGCACCUGCAAGUUCCCAGACAUUUCUGGGAGGAAUGGCCCUCGCCCUCACCCUCCGAUCCAACAGGUCCCAGACAUUUCUGGGGGUAAUGGCCCUCGCCCUCACCCUCCGAUCCAACAGGUUCCAGACAUUUCUGGGGGGAAUGGCCCUCACCCUCCGAUCCAACAGGUCCCAGACAUUUCUGGGGGGAAUGGCCCUCGCCCUCACCCUCCGAUCCAACAGGUCCCAGACAUUUCUGGGGGGAAUGGCCCUCGCCCUCACCCUCCGAUCCAACAGGUCCCUGACAUUUCUGGGGGGAAUGGCCCUCACCCUCACCCUCCGAUCCAACAGGUCCCAGACAUUUCUGGGGGGAAUGGCCCUCGCCCUCACCCUCCGAUCCAACAGGUCCCAGACAUUUCUGGGGGGAAUGGCCCUCGCCCUCACCCUCCGAUCCAACAGGUCCCAGACAUUUCUGGGGGGAAUGGCCCUCACCCUCACCCUCCGAUCCAACAGGUCCCAGACAUUUCUGGGGGGAAUGGCCUUCGCCCUCACCCUCCGAUCCAACAGGUCCCAGACAUUUCUGGGGGGAAUGGCCCUCACCCUCCGAUCCAACAGGUCCCAGACAUUUCUGGGGGGAAUGGCCCUCACCCUCCGAUCCAACAGGUCCCAGACAUUUCUGGGGGGAAUGGCCCUCGCCCUCACCCUCCGAUCCAACAGGUCCCAGACAUUUCUGGGGGGAAUGGCCCUCGCCCUCACCCUCCGAUCCAACAGGUCCCAGACAUUUCUGGGGGGAAUGGCCCUCGCCCUCACCCUCCGAUCCAACAGGUCCCAGACAUUUCUGGGGGGAAUGGCCCUCGCCCUCACCCUCCGAUCCAACAGGUCCCAGACAUUUCUGGGGGGAAUGGCCCUCGCCCUCACCCUCCGAUCCAACAGGUCCCAGACAUUUCUGGGGGGAAUGGCCCUCACCCUCCGAUCCAACAGGUCCCAGACAUUUCUGGGGGGAAUGGCCCCAGCCCUCACCCUCCGAUCCAACAGGUCCCAGACAUUUCUGGGGGGAAUGGCCCCAGCCCUCACCCUCCGAUCCAACAGGUCCCAGACAUUUCUGGGGGGAAUGGCCCUAGCCCUCACCCUCCGAUCCAACAUGUCCCAGACAUUUCUGGGGGGAAUGGCCCUCGCCCUCACCCUCCGAUCCAACAGGUCCCAGACAUUUCUGGGGGGAAUGGCCCUCGCCCUCACCCUCCGAUUCAACAGGUCCCAGACAUUUCUGGGGGGAAUGGCCCUCACCCUCACCCUCCGAUCCAACAGGUCCCAGACAUUUCUGGGUGGGAAUGGCCCUCGCCCUCACCCUCCGAUCCAACAGGUCCCAGACAUUUCUGGGGGGAAUGGCCCUCGCCCUCACCCUCCGAUUCAACAGGUCCCAGACAUUUCUGGGGGGAAUGGCCCUCGCCCUCACCCUCCGAUCCAACAGGUCCCAGACAUUUCUGGGGGGAAUGGCCCCAGCCCUCACCCUCCGAUCCAACAGGUCCCAGACAUUUCUGGGGGGAAUGGCCCUCACCCUCCGAUCCAACAGGUCCCAGACAUUUCUGGGGGGAAUGGCCCUCGCCCUCGCCCUCACCCUCCGAUCCAACAGGUCCCAGACAUUUCUGGGGGGAAUGGCCCUCGCCCUCACCCUCCGAUCCAACAGGUCCCAGACAUUUCUGGGGGGAAUGGCCCUCGCCCUCACCCUCCAAUCCAACAGGUCCCAGACAUUUCUGGGGGGAUUGGCCCUCGCCCUCACCCUCCGAUCCAACAGGUCCCAGACAUGUCUGGGGGGAAUGGCCCUCGCCCUCACCCUCCGAUCCAAAGUUAUUUUGAUUUUUACUAAUUAUCUUUGAAUUACAGGGUCCUGAAAAGGGGACGUUUUAGUCAUACUUACCUUCGCAAUACACAGACACACACACACACCUCACUACUUACUUAGCACGCUUUCCCCAGUUAGACAGGCAAGCCAGCAACCGGAUGGUUGCCAGUUCGAGUCCCGGGUCUGACUGAAAAAGUCAGUCAGGAAGUGAACUGGCAACUGGAGGGUUGCUGGUAUCAAAUCCUGCCGCUGUGCCAUUACUCAAGGCACUUAACCCCCCAAAACAACUGCUUCACGGGUGUCCAGUGUGGCAGCCCCCUGCUCAAACCACUCCAACCUGUAUACUGUUGAAGUCAGAAGUUUACAUAUGCCAAAUACAUUUAAACUCAGUUUUUCACAAUUCCUGACAUUUUAAUCCUAGUCUUAGGUCAGUUAGGAUGACCACUUUAUUUUAAGAAUGUGAAAUGUCAGAAUAAUAGUAGAGAAUAUUUUCAGCUUGUAUUUCUUUCAUCACAUUCCCAGUGGGUCAGAAGUUUACAUACACUCAAUUAUUAUUUGGUAGCAUUGCCUUUAAAUUGUUUAUCUUGGGUCAAACGUUUCGGGUAGCCUUCCACAAGCUUCCCACAAUAAGUUGGGUGAAUUUUCCUCCUGACAGAGAUGGUGUAACUGAGUCAGGUUUGUUGGCCUUGCUCUCACACACCUUUUCAGUUCUGCCCACACAUUUUCAAUAGGAUUGAGGUCAGGGCUUUGUGAUGGUCACUCCAAUACCUUGACUUUGUUGUCCAUUUUGCCACAACUUUGGAAGUAUGCUUGGGGUCAUUGUCCAUUUGGAAGACCCAUUUGCGACCAAGCUUUAACUUCCUGACUAAUGUCUUGAGAUGUUGCUUCAAUAUAUCCACAUCAUUUUCCUCCUCAUGAUGCCAUCUAGUUUGUGAAGUGCACCUGUCCCUCCUUCAGCAAAGCACCCCAACAUGAUGCUGCCACCCCUGUGCUUCACGGUUGGGAUGGUGUUCUUCGGCUUGCAAGCCUCUUCCUUUUUCCUCCAAACAUAACAAUGGUCAUUAUGGCCAAACAGUUGUAUUUUUGUUUCAUCAGACCAGAGGACAUUUCUCUAAAAUGUAGGAUCUUUGUCCCCAUGUGCAGUUGCAAACCGUAGUCUGGCUUUUUUAUGGCGGUUUUGGAGCAGUGACUUCUUCCUUGCUGAGCAGCCUUUCAAGUUAUAUUGAUUUAGGACUCGUUUUACUGUGGAUAUAGAUACUUUUGUACCUGUUUCCGCCAGCAUCUUCACAAGGUCCUUUGCUGUUGUUCCGGGAUUAAUUUUCAAUUUUCGCACCAAAGUACUUUCAUCUCUAGGAGACAAAAUGUGUCUCCUUCCUGAGCGGUAUGACGGCUGCAUGGUCCCAUGGUGUUUAUACUUGCGUACUAUUGUUUGUACAGAUGAACGUGGUACCUUCAGGCGUUUGGAAAUUGCUCCAAGGAUGAACCAGACUUGUGGACGUCUACAAUGUCUUUUCUGAGGCCUUGGUUUAUUUCUUUAGAUUUCUCCAUGAUGUCAAGCAAAGAGGCACUGAGUUUGAAGGUAGGCCUUGAAAUACAUCCACAGGUACACCUCCAAUUGACUCAAAUUAUGUCAAUUAACCUAUCAGAAGCUUCUAAAGAAUUUUCUAAGCUGUUUAAAGGCACAAUCAUCUAAGUGUAUGUACAUUUCUGACCCACUGGAAUUGUGAUACAGUGAAUUAUAAGUGAAAUAAUCUGUCUGUAAACAAUUGUUGGUAAAAUUACUUGUGUCAUGCACAAAGUAGAUGUCCUAACCGACUUGCCAAAAACUACAGUUUGUUAACAAGAAAUUUGUGGAGUGGUUGAAAAACGAGUUUUAAUGACUCCAACCUAAGUGUAUGUAAACUUCAGACUUCAACUGUAUGAGGGUCUUUCGGAGGGGCUGGGUUAAAGCUCAAACUGCUGUCAGAGUUUGAGAGUUGCGUGCUAGUAGGCCAGUGAGAAUGUCGAGCCCUUUCUUCCUGUAACCAGGAAAGACCCUUGAGUUUAGAAACCCCUUGUUGGGAGGGCAACCUGGCAGCUUCAUGUAUACUGUGUUUUUGGGGAAAGUCCUCAGUGGUUUAAGGCUAACCUGAUACGCAGCCAAAUACUAGUGCAUCUUUUGAUUACUCUAAUUACAUCCCUCUGUUCUCCUUUUCUUACAUCUGACAUGACCUCUCCCUCUCUCCCUCUAUCCCUCCCUCCCACCCUCUCUCCCUCUAACCCUCCCUCCCACCUUCUCUCCCUCUAACCCUCCCUCCCACCUUCUCUCCCUCUAACCCUC